AUGAUCAACGACUCUCUUGUGUUUGGAGAACUGGACGCUAAUGUUUCUGAGCCGCUGCAGCCUUCUCUCUCUCUAAGCCACAACCACAGUUCGCUCCAGCUCGAGUCCAAGUCUCUGGUCACCUCAGCCACGAUGUUCGCAGUGGGGGUGCUGGGGAACCUCAUCGCCAUAGCCGUGCUGUGCAUCUCCAAAAAGGAACAGAAGGAAACCACUUUCUACACCCUGGUCUGCGGGAUGGCCAUCACGGACCUGUUGGGCACAUGCUUCACCAGCCCGGUGGUGAUCGCCACAUAUGUCGCCAACCGCUGGCCUGGAGGAGCGCUGCUCUGCCACUUCUUCUCCUUCUCCAUGCUCUUCUUCGGGUCCGCAGGUAUGUCCAUCCUGUGCGCCAUGGCCGUGGAGCGAUACCUGGCCAUAAACCAUGCGUAUUUCUACUCCCAGCACAUAGACCGGACGAUGGCGCGUUUUGCGCUCCUGGUCACCUACCUCGCUAACAUUAUCUUGUGCAUUAUGCCCAGUUUUGGCUUCGGGCAGCACGUCAGACACUUUCCCGGGACUUGGUGUUUUCUGGAUUGGAGGGCGAUGGAUCCACUGGGAGCCUGCUACUCCUUCCUGUAUGGCGGCGUGAUGCUGGUGCUGAUAGCAGUGACAGUGUUGUGUAACUUGGCCGUGUGCAGGUCGCUUGUGGGGAUGAACCAGAGGACGGGGAUAGUCCGGACGGAGUCGUGUGAUCAAGGAGGUUCACGUCGCCUCUUCCCCCGGCUGCCUACGGUCACCUCGGCGGCGGAGAUCCAAAUGUUCUGGCUGCUGAUCUUCAUGACCAUCGUUUUCCUGGUCUGCUCCAUCCCUUUAGUGGUGCGAAUCUUCGUCAACCAGCUGUAUGACCCUGCCUAUAUUUCUGCUGGGGGGAAGCCUGAUUACCGCAGCGACUUGCUGGCGAUCCGCUUCGCUUCAUUCAACCCCAUAUUAGACCCCUGGGUUUACAUUCUGUGCCGGAAAAACCUGUUGCUAAAGGGCUGCGAGGGGUUGAAGAGGACGGUGGCGCACGUCAGGGAUGGUCGCAGAGGCAACAUGGGCUGGGUAGAAGGUCAACACUCCCCACCGUCUUUAAACAGCAACGACACCAGUUACGCGUCAUUACGCACAGCCAGCUACAGGAACGACUUGGAGCAGCAGGCGUCCAUCAAGAUUCAGUCCUUCACAGACUUUGCAAUGAGACAAGCGUGGGAGUACGACACCGCCCGGGUCAACUUUCACCCGUUCAGCGUGGAGUCGACCACCAUCCUCGGGUGUGAUGAGGAAGUAGAGGCUGAUCUCCAACAGGAGGUGGCGGCCAAGUCGUCUCCAGGACGCAGCUCGACACAGCCGCUCUCUGCGCACGUCAGGAGAGUAGACAUUGUCACAUGCACGUUCAGCACACCGAGCUCCUGUCAGUCACAGGAAUGUCUCUGA